AUGAAUACGGUAAUUUAUACGAACAGAUAUUUAUAUAGCAUCUCUGUGAAAUCUAUCGAGUUCAAUCACAAAGUAUACAACACACACACGCACCAAAAAAAAAAAAAAAAGUAUCAGAUACAUUAAUUUAUUAUCUAUAAAUGAAACUGCAACGCAAACGAAUCAAAUAUACUGCUACAAACGCCAUAGAGUACUAGAAGAUCACACACAUAGGAUGUCCUCGCUAUAAAGCAAAUAAUGUAUCAUAUGUAUGGAGCAUGUACUACUCCAGAGAACAGAACAGUGCAGAGUGAACAUGUAUGUUCAAGGGCUGGUUUUUGAAGGUGGUGGGGAGAAGAAAGGGAUAUUGGAUGGGAUUGUUGGGAGGGGGGGGAGGUUGGGAAGCGAAGCCGCCGGCAGGGGUGGUAAGCUCGGCUUCGGGAGAUUGGGGAUGCUUGGAAGCGGAGGGAGGGUGCCUGGUUUAGGCAGAGAUGGUUGUGUCGUUGGCAGGGUGGGCAAAGGAGGUAAGUUUGGCAUGGUAGGCAAUGGAGGCAAUUUGGGCAAAUUUGGAGGAGUUGUUUGCAAAAUCAUAUUUAUGGAGCAUGUACUACUCCAGAGAACAGAACAAUGCAGAGUGAACAUAUAUGUUCAAGGGCUGGUUUUUGAAGGUGGUGGGGAGAAGAAAGGGAUAUUGGAUGGGAUUGUUGGGAUGGAGGGAAUGUUUGGAAGCGAAGUCGCUGGCAGGGGCGGGAAGCUCAGCUUCGGGAGAUUGGGGAUGUUUGGGAUGGUUGGAAGUGGAGGCAGAGUGCCUGGUUUAGGCAGAGAUGGUUGUGUUGUUGGCAAUGUGGGCAAAGGAGGUAAGUUUGGCAUGGUAGGCAAUGGAGGCAAUUUGGGCAAAUUUGGAGGAGUUGUUUGCAAAAGCUGACGACCUGCUAGGCCAACAUUGAUAUUGCUCAAAAAUACAAAACCAGCAAAGCAUAAGGCCAAGAAGAAGGAAUUGCUCAAAGCCAUGGCAAAAUGAAAGUUCAAGAGGAAAUCUCUUACAAAGUGAAUUAAUAUUAAAAAUGAAAGGUUCAGUUUUGAUCUUGUAUGAUGGAUUUGGAGGCUAUAUAUCUUGGGUUUUUAUAGAUAUGGAGAGUCAUGGAGUAGUACCCAGUUAGGAUACAUUAUUUUCAUGUUUAGUUGGGAAGAAAGAGAGAGAAUGUUCUCUAGCCUUUGAG